AUGGGCGACAAAGCAACAGCUGAUUUUUCUUUAGAACCAACAAGAAACAAAGAGUUUAUCAUUAAUGCUAAAGAGCCAUUUAAUGCCGAACCUACACCAGAAAGACUAAUUCAAUCGUUUGUUACACCUACAGAGCACUUUUACGUUAGAAAUCAUGCACCCGUACCACUUGUACAAGAGUCUAGUUACUUUUUAAAGAUAGAUGGAUUGGUUGGAAAACCUCUAUUACUAUCAAUCGAUGAUAUUAAACAACAAUUUGAAAAAGUUACUAUUACAGCACAUCUACAGUGUGCUGGUAACCGUAGAACUAUGAUGAGUGACUAUAAAAAGGUUAAAGGUGUUGGAUGGGGAAUUGCUAGUUUGUCAAAUGGUGUAUGGGCAGGAUGUAGACUUCGUGACGUACUCGAAAAGGCAAAUGCAUUCCCUGUUGGUAAUGGUGCAAAGCAUGCAUGUUUUUGGGGUUUAGAUGUUGGAUGUCCAGAAGAUGAGGGAAAACCCUAUGGAAGUUCAAUUACAAUGGAGAAAGCAAUGGACAUUAAUGGUGAUGUAAUAUUGGCAUAUGAAAUGAAUGGCGAAACAUUGACUAGAGAUCAUGGAUAUCCAUUAAGAGUUAUUGCUCCAGGAAUCAUUGGUGCAAGAAGUGUAAAAUGGUUGGACAAGAUUACUGUGAGCAGCGAAGAAUCUACCAGCUUUUUCCAACGUAGAGACUACAAAAUAUUUCACAGUGGUGUAGAUUGGAACAAUGUUGAGCAAUAUUGGGACAAGACUCCAUCGCUUCAAGAAUUAUCUAUACAAAGUGCUAUAUGCAUCCCGGCUCCAAAUUCACAUCUCUUUUUACCAUUCUCUAUUUAUGGAUAUGCUACUAGCGGCGGUGGUCGAAAGAUUGAACGUGUUGAUGUUUCACUUGACGGUGGUGAGACUUGGGAUUAUGCAGAGUUGAUGGGUGAAGAGAAAGGUAAUUCCAAUAAAUAUUGGGGUUGGACUUUGUUUAGAUAUACUAUAAAGUCAUUGGCAACCAAUCAUCAUCAUACAACAGGUAACAAAUCUAGUAUCCCUAUUAGAAUUUGUUGUAGAGCAUGGGAUUCUGCAAGUAAUACACAACCAAAAGAUGUAAAGGAUAUUUGGAAUCUUAGAGGUGUCAUGAAUAAUUACAGCAAAAGUAUUCAGUUCACCAGUUAUGUCAGUUUGUCGAUCACAUUGUUGUUAUUGUCUGUCGUCUAUCUCUAUGUCAUACCAACAAUCUACUUUACACCCUAUACAUUAAAUAUAUGCAUACUUCGAAUCUUUUUAGAGACGAUAAUGGCUAGUUAUCAAUGUCUCUCACGAUUCAAGAUUAUCGAACAAUAUGGUCUCUAUUUUCAUAAUUACUUUCUCGAAGAUGUAUCUCCUACUAGCAAGCAACUUGGUUUCAAUCGUAUUAGAUAUCAAAUAGAGAUGCUAAAAAAGUUUGAAGAUACUGUCAAUGUCGAUCUGUCAAACAAAAAACCUGGUAGUCUACAACAGUGGAUAUCAUACAAUACGAUUAGUUGGUUUCUUUCAACUUCUCUGAUGGGACUUUCAUUAAAGAUUUAUCUUUCGCCCCUCUAUAUCUACCAUCCAACUAUCUUUCCAUUAAAUCCUUCAAAAGGUUAUAUAGUUGCACUUAGACAAACUCUUUUUACCUCUCAUUCUUUAAAAGACAAAAGAGAUAUUGAAGCAUAUAUAUCAAGAAUAUUAGAAACAGAAUCAUAUGUAUCUGGGAUAAUAAAAGAUAUAAAAUCCAGAGUAUGUGAGGGAAUAUUGGCACCAGAGAAUAUAAUGAAAAAGUCAAACCAACAAAUUCUAGAGUUGGCAAAUAUUUCAGAGAUUGUUGUUGGUGGCCCACAAAAUGAAUCUCCAAAAACACAAACAUCAUCAAAAAGAAACAAUACUAUUUCAUCGACAGAAUCACUCUCUUCUUCUACUUCAUCAUCUUCAUCAUCAUCAUCAUCAUCAUCAUCUUCUUCCUCUUCCUCUUCUUCUUCCACUUUUUCAACAUCAUCUUUAUCCCCACAAUCCAACAAUGAUGAUGACGAUGACGAUGAUGAUGCACCAGUUGUAGCAAGGAGGAUACCAAAAGAUGUCACUACCCACAAAUUAUACCUUAGACUUUAUGAUCGAUUAUAUUGUGAACCCUUGUUAUCGACGCUAUCAGAAAAGAUGAAAAGAUCAUUAUUGGAAAGAUUGAGAUUGGCGCUCUCUGAACAUUUCGUACCAUCUCUUUUGCGCUUAUCUCAAUACCUAGACUCUAUUUAUCCAUUGGCUCCAAAAGAAAUUGGAUUGUGGAAUUUACCUUCCAAUGGAGAUGAAAUCUAUCGUUUUAGUCUCUAUUAUUACACCUCGACAACAAUGCACCCCAUGGAUAUUGUAGAGUGUGGAUACGGCGAAAUUAGCAGAAUUCAACACUCAAUUAUCGAUCUCAUGUCCAAAGACUACCCAUUUGAUUCGCAGACAGAGACUUUUGGUCACUAUAUCAAUCGAAUCGUUGAUAAGGAGUCACUCAACUUUGACAACUCUGAACAAGGUGAAAAUCAAGUAAUUGAUUCCAUAAACAAGGUUUUCAAAGAUCACUACAAAGAUAUAGAGACAUUAUUUGAUUUGCCACCAAUUGGACAUUUGGAGGAUAUUCAAUAUCUAAAAUCAGAUUUUAAUUCAGGUGCAAGUUCAUUCCUAUACAUUCCACCUCCUGCAGACAAUAGAGAAAAGGCAAGAGUCUAUAUCGAUUUUAACAAGGCCCUGGGUAGAUCUAAAAUUCUCAUCAAAUCAAUAGCAUUUCUGGAGGGGGUACCAGGUCACCAUCUUCAAUUACUAGUUUCAAGACAGGAAAAUAUAGAUAUUUUUAGAAGAAACUUUAUGAAUUAUUCUUCUUACGAGGGUUGGGGACAUUAUGCAGAAAGUCUUUCAGUUGAAUUCAAUUGGAUUGAAGAUAAAUGGGGAAGACUAGGUCAUUAUAUUACUGAUCUUAGAAUAACUGCUUCAAUGAUUAUAGAUGCUAGUAUGCAUUAUUCAGGAAUUAAAUGGGGAUAUGAUAACUGUGGAUUUGAGGUCAAUGAUGCAAAACUAAAUAUUGACACUAUUGCUUCUUUGCCUGGAAUUGGGUUAUCAAGCAAGAUUGGUGCACUCAAAAUCAAAGAACUAAGAAGUUAUUGUGAACAACAAUUGAAGGAAAGAUUUGAUAUUAAAAAAUUUCACAGCAUUAUUCUAAAGAAUGGUGCUCUUCCUUUAGACAUUAUGUAUCAAGUAAUCAAUUAUUGGAUAAGUGAACAAUCACAACCAGAAGAAAAAAAUACAUAA